GGCGCGACGCGAUUCGCACUCGUGCGUUCCAAAGAAACACCGUAUGAGGCUACAAAAUCAUUGAGUCAGAACACCUUAACGAAGUAACUUACAUUUAUCACACAGUUUUCGUGGCUCCCAGAUGUGCCUACUUUACCUUUAGUUUGGUUUUCUUGUACUUUACAGGCAAACAUGAAGCUUGCUUCCGGACCUGCUUGCCAGCAGCUCGGGCAGAUAGCCAUUCAGGUGAUCGGCUACGAAGUUAUCGGGCAGCAGGAUCAUGGAGGAAACAAUUUUGGAGCUACUGGAAGCUCCUACGCUCAACCAUUUGCUGCCAAACUUUCGUCCAUGCUAACGAACCUGCAGAACCGGGUCACCCAGUACGUCGUUUACGAAGUCGCAGUGGAGGCGGAAGGACUCAAAUGGACCAAAAAACUACGAUUUUCCCACUUUUCCAUGCUGUUGGAGUUACUGCAAAGCAGGUAAAGAUUUUUACACCUACUAGAGAUGUGCAUUUGAUGUACUAGAACUGCGUACUUUUUUUAUGUGCCUAGUUAGCACGGUUCAACGUCUCAUCUUCCUCCCAAGGACGUGUUCAUUAUUGUCGCUAAAAUGGCCACUCUUUAGGUACAACAACAUUCCAUCCGACCUUUUUCCACGCAAAACGCUGGUUCGCUCCGUGGAAGCGCAGCACCUGAACACCCGUGUGCGGCAGCUAAACGAGUUUUUUCUGGUGAUCUGUCGCAACCGACUCGACAUUUUGCGCACGUGCGUCGAGCUCUGGCAGCUGUUUGAUUUCCACGUGCAUGUCCCGGAUGUGUUUGGCGUCCCGAGUAGAGCACAAGCCUACGCCGGUGCAACGACAUCAUCAACCCUAGGACCGUCCCCUAGUUCGUCGUCAACCUCGACCUCCGUUGGUGGACUGCUGUACCAAGAAUCUGUUCCGGCCCUCACCUCCACUGUGAAAGAUGCGUUUUUCGGGGUCAAAGACUUCCACCUGGACACGUCGCAGUCACUGUUGAUUCUUGCGACGAACGACUACAGCAUGCAGUCGAAGCUCUCCGUCGCCGCGGAGGGAGGCUGGCGCGUGAUGAAGGAGGGGGUUGCGCGGUUCUGGGGCGAGGUCUCGUCCCAAGCCACUGGCGGAGGGAGCGUGCAGCGGCAGCACAGCAAUCCACAGAACUCCUCCGUGAACAAUCCGAUGUAUUGGCAAACGGCUUCCCCAAGCUGGCUCAACACGGCCGCGGAUCAACCCGGUCCGCAUCAGCAACAGUCGGGACCAGACGUGGAUUUUCAACAGCAGCAACUACUCCCGCCAACGUCACAAGCGUCCCCCGUCGCAGGAGUUUCUUCCUCCUCUACUUCCAUGAAGAAUCCGCCGUCGUGGCGGGUGUCGCUGCACCAUUCGGACGACCGGCCGAUGUCGGCGCUCACCUGCUACAAGGGGUCGAAGGAGUAUCACUUUGACCAGCAGUGGCGCGUGCAUUUUCAGUCCCAGAUUCAGUGCUUUUGCGCCCGGGACAACUUUUCCUUCGUCGGGUUGAAAGACGGCACGGUCGGGGUCGCGAGCCUCGUUCUCGAAGCGAAGGAACGGCGAGACACGGCGCUGCUGCCGAGGUUUGUGCACGCGGCACCAAUUUCGGCCAUUGGCUGUGCCCCGGAACUGGAGAUGUUGAACAGCGGUGGUUCGUCUGCCGCGGGCGGGAGUUCUGGGAGCUCCCGGUGUGCGAUGAUGGUUUACACUGGGACCGUCGACGGGAAGAUCUCGGUGUAUUCCUGCAGCCAGUCGCGCAUACUCGCGGAGCUUCUGUUGCCGCUGUCCGAGGUGGGAAGCUCCGCGACAGUGCAGUACUACGCGACCGUGAUGAAGGUACAACUACAAGUUGUACGUAGAUGAUGUACUUCAUCCCAAUAAAAAAUGCGACUCGAAUAUGAAUGAGUGAAGAGGCUGAGGCAUAAAGAUCUGCAAAGCCGUUGCUACUUCGCAACAAGAGGUACUUCCUAAGUGCGACGAGAGGCAUAUGCCACUGAUAUCGAUGGAGAUACGACGGAAAUUGAUAUUGAAGUAAAGGUCAUACAAAAGCUACACGACAACUACUAGGUUCACGGGCGCUACCUCUUUGUGGGCACGAAUUUGGGCAGCGUUGUGAUUUUCACCGGAGUUGGGAGUACCAGUUUGCAGCUGCACCGCACCCUCGUUGCCGACCACGUGCGGGAAAGCAAUGGCUUGGCGAUCGAGUCACUCUGGCACUCGCCAGUCGCCGUGCGGGACCUGUUGCUGUACCCCGUGCAGCUUGAUGAACGAGAAACGGGAAGCUUGUACACCAAUGCAAACAACCCAACUAGUACAACUUCUCUCGACCACCAGGAAUUCCAGCCGGGACAGAAACUGCAGGACCUUCCGCUUGGCGUCCAGCAUGAUAGUGCGACAACGUCAAACACAGCCCUGGCGAGGCCGCAGAAGUCGCCUGAUGUCGAUCCGAACCUGCGGCUCUUCGUGGCGCUCCGCGACGGGAUUCAAGUGUGGCUGUUUCCGGAGUGCCGACAGGUUGGCUACCAGAGCAAGAACCGCGACGCGUCGCAGGCGGACAGCAGCGUCGUACGGUGCAUCACCUUGCGGGAAAGCACACGGGAACUGCUCGUCGGUUUUGACGACGGUACUGUUGCCAGCUACGAUUUAGAGUCGAGCCACCAGUUGUCGGCCUUUCCCGCGCAUUUCGACGAGGUGAAAGGGAAUAAAACGAGUUUCACAGAACAAUUACGGCAAAGCACGAACGCCAUAUACAACAACACCUCGGGAGCCGCGGUUGCGCACUUGCAAAAUAGCCGGACCACGAGCAGUUCAAGUGGUCCUUCUACCGCCGAGCAGAUGAGUGUUAUGGACCAGCAGGCGCAGCAGGCGUUUGGCCACUACGGCUGCGGCACACCGGUCACGCGAAUCGAGGUCAUUCCGAACACGGAUUUUCUUCUCACGAGUGGCAAGGACCGGUGCUUGAAAAUAUGGCGGUGUCCGGACGGCGAAAAUGCAACGGGGUCUAUCAGUAGAACCCACGCAGAACAGCGGGCUAUGGACGCCGUGCAGUGGGCCUUGGACCGCGGUCCCGGACCUCCGGGCUUUGGAGGGGGAAGUAGUAGUAGUGCGGGGGAAGUGGGGGUUGCAGCGUCGAGAGGUGGCGCAGGUAGUUCAGCGUAUCCCACGGUGCACCCGCCAGUGCUUACAACUAUGCCAUUGCCCGUGCGAGAUGAGUACAUUAGCUGAGUCUAGUACUCAAUCAGAGUAGUGAAGUGCAGCGACAUAGCAUUAUAUUAAGCGCCAUGAAAUCGUUUGUCGACUUGCAUCUUCUACUCGAGGUUGGUUUAGUCCGAGAUGUUUUUUUUCCAUGGUCACUGUGUAUGUGUUCUGCAGAAGGGCAGUGAGACUUUUUUUGAAGAUAUUGUUUGGUAUUGUUUCGAAGCAU